CCCUUGGCUGCGCGUCUGCGCGCCGCGCGGCGGCGGCGGAGAUGCAAGUCGUCCAGCCACACCCCUCCGAGCGCCUCUCGUCCCACCGCAUGCGGCGUCCGGACGACGGAGGGCGCCGGACGAUGGCACGUCGCGUGCCUGGGCAUCGCUCGAGCUUCCUUUGUGCCUGCAUAUUCCUUUGUCGCUCCGCCGACUCGGUCGCACGCACCCAUGGCACGGCAUGCAUGGUGGCGUGGGCACUUGUCGCCCGCUCGCUGGAGCGAUCGCAGAAGCAGCGCCCUCCGCGACGGCCAUACCCUGACCCUUGUUCGCUCAGCGUCCGCAUGCGCAGCGGACUGCAGAACAGACCGCGUGGUGGCAUCGUCCUCCUUUGCUCCGGUGUGACGGACGCAGCGCGCACUCUCCUUGCAGCGUGGCAGCGUUGCAGCUUAGUCACUGCGAGCUCUGUACGAGCGCAGGAAAGUACGUCACGCUCGGCCCUACGAGGCGUUGAGGCGCUGUCCAUGAAUGCUGCGCUGCAACUCUCGCACUGUGCACUCAGCUUGUUGCGCCGCCCUGGUGCUGAGGACGAUGCGAAAGGCGGGCCUUGCUCGCCGUUCUGCCUCCGAAGCCAGCGCGCGGACGAUCAAGUGCGGCCUCUCUGUCGCUGUCCGGGCCUUGCCGAGCGAUCCCGCUCCGAGUAUCCUCUCGCAGCGACUGCAGCAUCUCGCAGUACUCAGAGGCCAUCAUUGCAUGCGGUGCGCACCCUCUUCUCAGAGACGUUCGCACGAGUCGUCGAGACCACGGUGCAAUAAGCAUGCACGAGGCAGCCAGCUCAUCGCACUUGUGCCGCGGGCGAUGCCUGAC